CGCCAAACCAGAUCCCUCGUCGCCAAGCAUACAUGGUGCUCAAGUCUGGGAAGCUCGAAAAGCAUUCGCAAACGAUCUUUGGCUCCAAGUGGAAGGUGAAGUGGGUCCACUUGGACGAAGCUACGUUGAAAUGCUACCCCAUGGUGGUCAACCAGCAGGUGUUUCAAGGUGCCAAGUCCAAGCUCAUCCAGUUGGACGAGUAUACCGUGUCCAUGCUUGAUGAGAGCAAAUUCCACCGCAAGCAUUGUUUUCAACUCACGGGAAAGCAAAAGCAAAAGACCAAGAUCUUUGCAUGUUCCAGUGACCGAGACUGCCUCGAGUGGGUCGGCGCAAUCUUGAACCCGCAUGUGGCCAAAAAGUCCAACCAAGCCGACGACGACGACGACGGCAGCGAAGAUAAUACAGCUGUGCGCCGCGCAAAGGCAGCGUUCGCCAAGCUCGAUGCUGGAAACUCUGGCACGAUUGACAGCACGCGGCUGCAUGAGCUGCUUGACACGAUAUCCUUUCAAUCUCUGCACAUGGGCUGGCACGGCGGCAGCGAUCAAGUGGGCGUCAUUCAGCACGUGUUGGAUCCACACUCGACUGGCAAAAUCGCACGUACCUUGUUUGCAACGUGGGCCCGCGCUCACUUUGUCGAAGCGGCAGCCCCCCCCGCCGCCCCCUCUCCAGUCCCAACACCGUCCAAGCCUUCCACCGGAGUCACGGACUGGAACGAAAUGUACUGGGAACUCCUUCGGUCGGCAUCUCCUGUCGUCCCGAAAGGUCUGAGCAUGUCCCAUAUGAUGAAGGAGUUUCACGAUGCCGCCGACUCGUUUGCGCGGAGUGUGGUGGACGACUUGCUGCUGCAUCCGGCUGCUUCGUCUGCAAUCGACCCGCCAUCCCCUCACCACGACCUCGUCGGGUACAACGACUGCACGUUGUUUGCCGCCAACGGCCUCUAUGCUGUGGUGUACCCGCCGCCUUUGUCUUCGUCGCAGCAAGCUGCCAAGUCGCUCGGCCAUGAUAUUCGAAGCAGUCGCGUGCUGCUGUCGGCGCUUGAGGCGGUGGAAGGCGCAGCCACGGACUUGGCCAUCCCCGUGCAAUGUGUUGUCGAUUACAUGGGCGUUCGCGUUCUCGUGGUUGCCCAAGUGCUGCAAGCUAGCACCACGACGUGCCACAUCAUGGCAGACACCCACGCCGCGGCGUCCUUUCGCCGCGUGCUCCAUCAGUUGCACGUGUGCGACCUGGACGACAAUGUGGCCGACAUUGUGCCGUUUGAAACGCACUUGGUGCAAAGUCAGGGCAGGCUCGUGCUCUCCAAGCUGCGUCACGUAUGCGCCCCUGAUGUACUUCAUGAGUCGGACGAUGCCAAUGGAUUCGAUCAAACGCCAUCAAAACACUCGGCGUCGUUGACUGCUUGGAAGCUCCGACCAGAGUACAUCCGGCAGUACCACACGCCGUUGUACUCGAAUGCGUACCGUCAAGAGUCGACCCCCGCGCAGGACAACAUUGUCGCAUGCGCGAGCCACUACAUGCAAAAAUCUGUCCUCCCUGCAUGUGUCCAUCGAUUGGAGUCAUCGCCGGCUACUCUCGUUGGCCAGAAUUUCUUUGAUUCGGCGUCGUUCACCUCCAUGUUGCAUGCGGACGGAAUCAACAUGCGGUACCUCGGGCGCAUCUACGACCUCGCGACGCUCAAGCACGUUCGCCGCCUCGUCAUGACGGAAAUGGUGGCGCGCGUGGCCAAGGUUCUGCUGCGCGCCAUGCUCCGGGAAGCGCCGACGCAUUGGCGCGCGCUGGCCACGGACUUGUUUAACGUGCUGUGCGGCGCGGGGCCGGACGCCGUCGACUUUUACCAGAGUCAAAUUCAACCGACCGUGGAGCUCAAGUUUGGCGUCGCGACGCCCCACAACCUUCGACACGAGUUGCACAUGCCGCAGCUGUUAUUGGCGCUGCAGCACCACACUGGCGUCCAGAUGGACCUCCCUGUGGCGAUUAACUCGCAGUUUUUAGUGGACGAUGCGCGCCACCCUCCAUUCCGAACCCACCAUGCGAUCGCGGUGACAUCGAGCGUGACGCUGGUCUGCACGACCACGUCGGUGUGCCAGGGCAUGAUCCAAGACACUGUCGUGUCGGACUCGAUGGACGAAGACGCGUUGGAAGUCGCGUUGACCAACCUCAAGUUGGCGCUGGCGGUGGAGCAGGCGUGCCCCACCGACUCGCGUCACGUGCGGCUCUGUCACCUUCUGGUGCAAGCUGCCGAAGUCAGUUUGCGUGUGGAUGCGGCCGACGACGCGGAAACGUUUGCGUCGCUGGCGUUGGAGGAAGGACCGACAGGACAUGCGCUUCGGUCGCGCGCGUAUGUCGUGUUGAUGCGCCUGCAUCAUGCCAAAGAGGAUAUGGCCAGCGCCUUGCGCUCGUUUGAAAAGGCCCUGGAGGCUGCCACGUGGCACUUGGGGGCGAGUCACCCCGUGGUGCUGGGGGUGCUCUUGUCGCUCGUUGCCAUUUGGAUCGACCGCCAAGAGUGGCUCAAAGCGCUCAACAUUCUCGACCACUGCACAACGGUUGUGAAAGAAGCGUACGGUCGGUAUACGAUUCAAUACGCCCAACUCCGUUGCCAGCAAGCCCGGGUCUUGCACACACUGGGCCAACUCGACCAAGCCGUGAGCAUGUUUGAAGACGCUCUGGCUAUCUACGAAGAGCUACCGUCGUGCGUCGUGGAAAGUGCCGACUGCUGCUCGGCCAUGACGGCCAUAUUCCUCGACAUGGCAUCGCUGCAGCCGGCAUUCAACAUGGCAAUGAAGACACACGACCUGCGGGUCUCGUCCGGCGACACGGACGCCAUCUUGGCCUCGUGGAUGCAGCUGGGGGCGUGCUCCAAAGCGCUACACGACGACUUCCGGGCUAUCGAGUACUACAAGUCGGCCCUCGCGCUGGUCAAGGCGAACCAGGCGGCGAUUUCCGACGCUGUCCAAUGCAUACAAGACAUUUCCAGACAACUCUUGGCGCUGGUGUUCCAGACGCUGUCCCCCGAAGCCAAGCAGUGUGUGGACAAGGUCAGCCGCAAGGAAAAAGCAGUGUCGAACGACCUCUUGGAGUUUGUCGUGGCCCAAUUGUAUGCACUGGACGCCCCUCAGUACCUUGAUAUGAUCUUUCAAGACCUGCUCCGGGAAGCAGGCACUCCGUCGAUGGCAUUGUUUGAAGACUACCCAAGCGACAUGCAACUCCGCGGCGCCCAACACCUCCUCAAUCUAUGAUAUCCCAAGUGUACUACCCCUUCAUCACUGGUUUUAACGUAGCAGCACUUGUAAUUAGCUCAAACAGAACCAUACCUAGUACUACAGUAUACCGGUAUAUAAUCGAUUGCAA